UAGAUUAAUUGAGUUUGGUGUGCCACAUUUCUACCAUAGAUUUUUAGAGAAAUAAUGUGCCUUAAAAUCUUCCUCCAAUAGCAACUUACUUUAGUAUCAGAUCUUUUAUACCUAACCAUUAAUUUAACACCAGGCAGAAAUCUAAGUCAGUAACAGUACCAUCCAGUUUUUCGUGGUCCCGGGUAACUUCUGUCCAUAAAAACGAAAUUUAAUAAAUUUAUGUACAUAAUACUAUCGAAAAUUUAUAACUAAAUUAAGAGUGUGAAUAAAAGUCCAACACUGCCUUAUCAAGUAUGUAAAACGGCAAGUUUAUGAGAGCGCUUUAACAUAUUUUUAGUAAUUUUACUCGCGUGCCAAAAUUGUUGCCAAAUUGUUAAACGCUGAUACCGCGUGGACUGGACAUCCCAUGCCGCGUGCUGGAUUUACGCUACGAAAAAAUAUUAUAAAUAAGUGCGCUUUUAAUUAAAUACCAUUAAGUCAAGAGACUCGCAAUACGAUUCAAAACAGUUCUAGAACAAAAGAACCAUAGUGCAGUGUGAAUGUGGGGAUGUCAGUGUGGGUGGGAAGCGGCCGCGCGGGCGGCGGUCUCGCGCUGCCCGUCACCACAGCCCCGCUGCUCUCCACCAACACUUCCAUGGAGUCGGGCAUCGAGGCUGGAGUCCUGCCUACCGUCACCGGGUCAUUGGCCUCAGCACGGGACUCACUGGGCUCACUGUCAAGAGCCGCCGAGCCGCUCUAUGACACGGAUCACACGGAUCUUGGCUCGGAGUUGGACGAGGCCGAGAUCCGAAGGGAGUUGAUGCAUGAUAAAUGGCGGUUACUCUUUGAUAGGUUUGACCCUGAAGGCUUCGGCGAGAUCCCCUGGCCCGACUUCUUGAUGACACUACAGAACCCAGACUUCAAGGCGCAAGUUCCACCCCACAAACAAGAGAUCCUUUUGGACAAAGCGCAGAGUGCAACUAGUGAUUCAAUUACGUUUCAGGAGUUCGUCAAUGUGAUGAGCGGCAAACGCACGCGCAGCUAUAGAUGCGCAGUGCACCAGCGCGACCGCGAGGUCAGCUCCGAAAACGACUUCCGACUACUCCUUGAAGACCCUACCUUCUUCGCCAGGAUGGUGCACUUAGUCGCAAUGGAAGUGCUCCCUGAGGAAAGGGAGCGCAAGUACUACCAGGAGAGGUAUACAUGCUGCCCUCCGCCGCUUUUCAUCAUCUGCGUCACACUGCUUGAGCUGGGCGUGUUCGCAUGGUACGCAUGGGGCGCGGGUGGCGUGGCGGCGGCCGCGGGCCCCGUCCCCGUGGACUCGCCGCUGGUGUACCGGCCCGACCGCCGGCACGAGCUCUGGCGGUUCCUCACUUAUAGCGUGGUGCACGCCGGAUGGCUGCAUCUCGCCUUCAACCUGCUUGUGCAACUGGCGGUCGGUUUACCUCUCGAGAUGGUCCACGGAGCGCUCCGCUGCGGCGCCGUGUAUCUAGCAGGCGUCCUCGGCGGUUCCUUAGCCGCCUCCGUGCUUGACCCGGACGUGUGCCUGGCAGGCGCGUCCGGUGGUGUGUACGCGCUCUUAGCGGCACACCUCGCCAAUGCGCUGCUCAACUUCCACGCGAUGCGGUACGGCGCUGUGCGGCUGGUGGCCGCGCUGGCCGUCGCGUCGUGUGACGUGGGCUUUGCGGUCCACGCUAGGUAUACUAAGGAAGCGCCACCAGUGUCAUACGCGGCGCACGUCGCGGGCGCGCUCGCCGGCCUCACAAUAGGACUACUAGUGCUCAAGCACGCCCAACAACGGCUCUGGGAGCGGUUACUCUGGUGGGCGGCGCUCGGGGCCUACGCGGCCUGCACGCUGUUCGCAGUCCUAUACAACGUGUUCAGUGCUCCCAUAGACGAACUCCACUACAUGCCCCCCGACCCGCCGCCUGAUGCCGGCUUCUGACCUGACUACCGUCUCACUUAGGCGACCGAAACGCGCUAUUUUAUGUAGCGAGAGCUUUUGCGGACAGUUGUGUUGGUCAAUUCACGAGAGCUAGCACAAAUGGAACGAAUGAGUGAAUGAUCGAAACUGGUACAGAUGUCAUUCAUACAAUCAAAAUCUGGUUCAUUCCGUUGGUGCCAGCUUUCGUGAAACGAUCUGUAAGUUGAGUUUGAUUAGUCUUCUCGGAAGCCUUGACGUUUGAUUAAAAUGUUACUAGUGUAAUAAUUUAUCAAACGCCGGCUUAGACUGUAGGCGUUUCGAGAUUAUUUUCCGCCUAAGUUAUAAUUCAUGUAAGUCGAAGCCUGAGUAACGCAACCAGUGCGACCCACUCACAACGCCUAGUCAAUUUACCUUAGUGUGAUUCGCGAUAAGUAGCAUUAUUUGAGGAGGUUAGUUUUGUUUCUUACACGCCGUGUAUGUUGUCUAUUCCAGUAAGAUUUAUGAAUCUUUGUUUUGUAUUUGCCUCGUGAGGUGAUUUGUCCUUUUUGUUAGGGAAUUAAGUCAGCGCCUCCUCGCAUACUUAAUUGUUAAGUAGUGUUAAUUGUAUUGGAUAGGUGAACUAUUUUUGUACUAUCUGCGUCCGUAGUGUUAGAGAGAAAAGGCGUUACCGCGACAACACUGUUUCCGUGUGGACUGGCGCUACGACUAAAUGCAUUGAUUUCAGAGUUUUUUGAGAGUUUCUUUUCAGAGUUUUUUGUCAAUAAAAUCACUAAUUAUAAUGAUAAAAUAAUAAUUGUCCAUAACAUUAAGUUGAUUUGAAGAUGAUAUAAUAAUUUAUAGACUUGUGUUUAAUUACUUUCGUUGUGUUUUUAUGUAAAAUGACUGAUUUCGAUUAAUAAUAGUUUUAAGAGUACCUAUCACACUCAUUGCCGUCCAAUGAGAUUUUAAACGUUGCAUUUAGUCGAAAGGGCCAGCAUAGUUAUACCCAGCGCACCAAAGAUUAGAGUAAAAUGGCGUCCAAGCAAAAGUGGUGAAUUAUCUUUCCUUAGUAUUCGGUCUAAUCUAAUCAGAAUUAUGUAAAGAUGUGUCGGUUUCACUAAAAAGAGUCCUUUAUGCGGCCACUGUUGCCGAAGCUCCAAAAUAAGCAUUAUGCUUCACAACACACGAUAUAAGCUUUUAACAUAAAGCUAGGGAUACACUGCGGUGUCAAGUGAAGUGGUGCGCCGCAUUGUGCAUAUCUGGCUUUUUAAUGACUCUUUUUAAUAAGAACGACACAGUAUAUGUUGAUUUGUCGGAUAUAUGCCGUUAUUGAUUUAACAGUAUUACUAAACAAUUGUUAAGUGGUCAGCAACUAUUCCUUGCUCAAUUUAUAUGAUUGCAAUUAUAAUCUCAAAUGAUUAUGCUCAAAACGAGUUUUUAUUUUAUGGGAUCAAUUAUUUACGAAUAAUUGUUUUUAUUCCGUUCGCCGCGGCGCGGCCACACUAGUAGAUAUUUUUAAUUGUGCCUGAUUCCUAUUAUUGUAAUUUUAAUUGUAUUGUAAUCUAAUCAAAUGUCACAAAACGACUGAAUUUUGUAUAAAUUAUUGCAGAGUGUUUUUCAUUUAAUUUAUUUUAAAAUUAUUUUUAGUGUGAAUCGAGAUAAUUAUUAUUAUGUGAUUAUACGAAUGAAAAUAAGAAUGAAUAAUGAUUAAAAGUGAUUGAAAGCUU